AUGGCUUACCAUAGAAACGCGAACCGAGCGCCGUUCCGGUCAGAGUUGCACUCCAACGGGUACCAUCGGUCCCAGGAAAGAUACCCUACCCCACCAGAUACUAUAAGGUCGGGGACUUCGCCGUUGGUUCGCCGUUAUGACUACUCGUCAGUGCCCAUCCAAAACCACUUCUCUGACAAAAUACACCAACACCAACAGGAAAAGCAGCAACGCAGCUUCAAAAUCACAUAUGACCCGGAGCUUAAGAAAGAUCCUGCUAAAGGCUCGAAGCCUAUCUACGUGUUCACCGACUCGUCGCGUUCACCGUCAAUAGACCCACGGCCCAAGGCAUUACAACGAAUUCCCAAACUACUCCGGACCGUUCGCACCUCGGUGCCAAUACCUAAUUACAAAUACGAUAAACACUCUGUGGGUCCCGAACCGUCUUCACAGCUCGUGGUUUGGGGUUUCCCCACCACCACCCAAUUGGUGAUAAUAAAGAACCAUUUUGCACAGUUUGGCAAGAUUUCCGAGAUCAAAGGUAUUGACGACCCGUUGACAGCGGUUCCAUUGGGGUUGUGUCUGUUGAAAUAUGAUGGCGACGCCACGUCCGCACACCACUGUGCCACCAAAGCCGUGGCUGCUGCCCAUAAAAAGCUGCAGAUCGGAGGCCAGUUUGUGCGCUGCAGACUCAAUGUUGAGGACCAGAUGUUCAACACAAUUUACAACCAGAUACUCGACGAGAGAAAACAACAGAUGCUGAAGGAGAAGGAAAGAAGACGGCGUGAGCGUGAACUCGAAAUGAUUCAAAGAAGAGAGGAGGAGAAAAGAGAACGUCAAGAACAGAAAAGAGAACAAGUUGAACGAAGAAAGGAAAAGAAACCAGCUGAACUUAAAGCGGCCGUGAAGCUGACGGCCCAUGAUCGUCACGUGAAAACGUUGUCGUCGGUCUCGCUGCCACCAAACUUUGAAAGACACAUUGCUAAUAGGCCGUACCUGCUAAUUCCCGACAAGUUUGUCAACACCCGCAACGUGAACUCUGCCGAUAUCAGAAAGCUUCUUUCCAACCAUAACUUCGAUCGCAUUCUUACUCACAGAACUGGAUUUUUCGUCGUCUUCAAUACCGUCCAGGAGGCCGAGAAAUGCUACGACAUGGAGGACGGGAAACAUUUCUCCAAAUACAAACUGUACAUGGAUUUUGUUGUUCCUGACGAGCUGAUGGGCCAGACCAAGAUUGGACAGAAGAUUGGCGACGUUGGCCAAGCCAAAACGGUUCUGGUCAAAGAGUUCCAUGAAUACUUGUUGAAAGAUCUGAGAGAGAAGGUCGUGGGACCGAGAUUAUUGUCUUUCCUUGACGACGACAAGUACAAGACUGUUCUUGAAAAACAUCUGAAAGAAAAAGCGGAGAAGCAAGAGGAGAAAGAGGUCCAAUCGACUGGCUCGGUUGGAGUGUCCAAAUUCACGGUGCAACAUCAAAGUAUUGCCAUUUCGAAUCUUUCUUCCUUUAGGCGGACGCCUGUUGAGGGCAAGUAUAAGCGGAAAUACAACAACGUUUCCAUGGCACAUGCCCUGAACUAUUCUGACGACGAGUCGCAAGACGAAGAAGCACCAGACGUCUCCAAGAAACAGAGAAUGCUUGCAAUGGUGUCCACUUCGUCUUCUGAGGAGGAAGAUAUCCAGGACCUUCCCGAGUCUAAAACCACAUCUGAGCUUACUUCUCCUGAGAGCUUGGGCCGCCAGGUGGAGCAAGAAGGGGAGGUCAAGAAGAGCGACUUUGUCAGCGAGUUGUACAAGCCGUCGCACUACGUUGACCGGAUGGUUUACGACGAUAAUUACCAGCACAUGGACUACGACCUUAGCAGUUUGCAGGAGCUGAUCCAUGACGAUGAGGACUUGGAGUUUGCCAAGAAAGCGUUCGCAGAUCUUCCAAAAGACCCUAAAGUGAAGAAUGUUCAACUUUGGGCAUGGAGACAUAAGGAGCAGGCGAAACGGCUGAAACAACUAGACAGUCUGGCCGAGGUGAGCCAUGAAGACAGCGAGGCGAUCGAGUUCUCGCAGGAGAUUCUUGCCAACAGCAAGCUGCAGAACUCGACGGGAUGUUUCCGCACGCAGCCAUACUACAAGAUCCCAGACAAGAUGAAGAGCGACUACCUUUUGCACCGUCGGAAAGCCAACAAGCCGCUGAACACGGUGCAGAACGAGGAUGAGGGCGAAGCGCAGGCGGUCCACAGCUCCAGAGUGAACAGAGCCAAUAACAGACGAUUUGCUGCAGACAUCAGUGCCCAAAAACAGAUGCUGGGCUCCGAAACAGACAUCCUUGACUUGAACCAGCUGACCAAGCGGAAGAAACCGGUGCAGUUUGCACGAAGUGCGAUCCACAACUGGGGACUGUACGCGUUGGAGCCGAUAGCAGCCAAGGAGAUGAUUAUAGAGUAUGUUGGAGAGCGGAUCCGACAGCAGGUUGCAGAGGUGAGGGAAAAGAAAUACUUGCGGUCGGGAAUUGGGUCGUCAUCAUUAAAGUGGAAGGAAAGAAGAGGAUUGUUAUUUAUGCUCUACGCGACAUUGGCGCAAACGAGGAGCUGA